AUGGCUAAGGCCCGAGCGUGUCAACGAGCUUUCGUUUAUCGAGGACAAACAUCCGAUAUGCAGGGAUCAAUGCAGUAUUUAAGAAGUCGAAUCUCCCGAGGGGACUGGAGGAUAUUGACAUUACAUCGAAACCCAUUCCGAUCCAUAUUCUGGUGUGGCAUCAUCCUUGCUAGCACUCUCAGUACCAACAACAUAUACACAACCCAUUUCCACUCAUCUAGCAGAACGAUAAUGGCAGCAAACAACACAAUGAAAGCAGUCGUCAUCCACACCAAGGGCGGGCCUGAAGUCCUCAAAGUCGAGCAACGACCCAUACCCACAGCUAAACCAGGCCAAGUUCUGAUCCGCGUCAAAGCCUUCGGUCUCAAUCGCUCAGAAAUGUUUACUCGUCAGGGUCAUUCGCCUGGAGUCGACUUCCCGCGAACCCUAGGUAUCGAAGCCACAGGAAUCGUUGAGCAUGCUCCGGGCGGUGAGUUUGAGAAAGGUCAGAUCGUAAUGACAGCUAUGGGUGGUAUGGGUCGUCAAUUCGAUGGUGGAUAUGCUCAGUAUACCGUCGUACCCACGAAUCAAGUACAGGCCAUCACUGUACCCACGAAACUCGGCUGGGAUGUUUUGGGCGCUAUGCCUGAGAUGUUAAACACUGCUUACGGCGCCAUUACAAAAUCCUUGAAUGUCAAAAAGGGUGAUCGUUUGCUUAUCAGAGGUGGUACAACAUCGGUUGGCCUUGCUGCGUUGGCGAUUGCAAAGGGACUAGGUGCACAUGUCACCUCAACGAGUCGACGACCGGAGCGAGAGUCAAUGCUCCGCGAGUACGGUGCUGAUGAAUUCUUCGUCGACGAUGGGGCUAUCGCCGAGCAGAUCAAAGAUGAGGGCCAAAAAUUCGACAAGGUACUGGAACUAGUCGGCGUUGUGACUUUGAAAGACUCCCUUAACGCUACAGCCAAAGGUGGCGUUGUCAGCCUUGUGGGUAUUGUUGGUAAUUCGUGGAAUAUUGAGAACUUUCAGCCGCAGGAAUUUAUUCCCAAGUAUCGUUUUCUAACUACCUUUGGUGGCUGGAUUGAGGAGUUCAUGGAUACACCCCUGAAUGAUAUUGUUCAGCAGGUGGAAGACGGGACGUUCAAGAUCAAAGUUGGAAAGGUGUUUCACAUUGAUCAGAUUGCUGAGGCGCAUCAGUGUAUGGAUGAUAAUGCAGCGGAAGGAAAAAUUGUUGUUUUGACUGGUUGA